AUGAAUCUCCUGAAUAGAUGGUCUGAUCCACCCCCGGCCUACGAGCCGGUCGAUCACGAUGAGGAUCCCUCCAUCUUGCGCCGCAAACCCCGCUUCUCCCGAUUCGAAUACGGCGUCUUCCUCAUCUUAGGAGUGUCUAUGCUCUGGGCAUGGAAUAUGUUUCUCGCCGCGUCCCCGUACUUCCAUCACCGGUUUGAGGCGGAUGCCUGGGCCGCAACCAACUACCAGCCGUCCAUCCUUGCCGUCUCGACCAUCACCAACCUGGGCUCCUCGUACACCCUCGCCAGGCUACAACGCGGCGCCUCCUAUCCCCGCCGCAUCGUCGUCUCCCUCCUCAUCAAUGUCGUCGUGUUCACCAUGUUGGCGGUCUCGACAGUCGUGGCCCGCGACGCCGACGUCCGCUUCUACUUCGCCUUCCUCAUGACCAUGGUCUGCGGCGCCAGUCUGGCAACCGGUAUCAACCAGAACGGUGUUUUUGCGUACGUGGCUGGCUUCGGACGCGAGGAGUACACCCAGGCGAUCAUGGGUGGCCAAGGCGUCGCAGGUGUGCUGCCCUGCAUCGUACAAAUCGUAUCGGUGCUGGCCGUCCCAAGAACCACAAACCAAACCGGAGACCCCACCGAACAAGACAGCGAGCCUGUGCCCCCGCCGCCAGAGAACAGCUCCGCCGCAUCCAAGUCCGCAUUCUGGUACUUCCUCACAGCGACAGCAGUCUCAUCGCUCGCGCUCGUCUCGUUCCUCUCUCUCGUCCGCCGCCGUCGCCUCCACCAUCACACCACACCGUCACCCCAAACCAUCCCCAACUACACCGACCUGCCCUCCGAGACAGACACAACAACCCCCGAAACUGAAACCCAAAUCCCCCUCACAACCCUUUUCACCAAACUCCGCCUCCUCUCCACCUCCAUCUUCCUCUGCUUCGCAGUGACCAUGAUCUUCCCCGUCUACACCUCCCGCAUUCUCCCCGUCACAACCACCCUCCGCCCCGAGAUCUUCAUCCCCCUCGCCUUCCUCUUCUGGAACGCAGGCGACCUCACCGGCCGCAUGCUCGUCCUCCUCCCAUCCCUCUCCACCCUCGCGCACCGCCCCCGCGCGCUCUUCACCCUCGCCCUCGCCCGCAUCCUCUUCCUCCCCCUCUACCUCCUCUGCAACGUCGACGGCCAAGGCGCUGUCCUCAACAGCGACGCAUUCUACCUCGUCAUCGUGCAGUUGCUGUUUGGCGCCACGAAUGGCUUUUUGUCGAGUAGCUGCAUGAUGGGUGCUGGCGUGUGGGUUGAUGAGCGGGAGAGGGAGGCGGCGGGUGGGUUUAUGAGUUUGAUGUUGGUUGGGGGGUUGGCGGCGGGUAGUUUGGCGAGUUUUUUGGUUGCAUGA